AUGUGCAAUUUCAGAACUAUUUUGAAACUCAGUUUUAUCAUGAAUAGAGUCCAACAGUUAUUACUUUUAAAGAAAUAUAAAUCGAAUUCGAUCAUGCAACGUGAUCUGGACUUAAACAGAACAGUGUGGGAUCCUUUACAAAUAUUUAAUUGUGAUACACAUUAUAAAUAUGCUGUUGUUAUAUUAAAUAGUCCACUAAAUUGGAAAGAUGACAGUUUACUUCAAAUUUGGAAGAAAGCUCAGAUCAAAGUCACUGUCGAUGGUGGAACAUAUAGGUGGUUACAUUAUUUAAAAGAGCAAGGUAUAGAUCUAUUAAGAGAAAAUCAUAGUGAAUAUGUGCCACAUUUAAUUACUGGUGAUAUGGAUAGUUGCACUCCUUCAAUUCUUGAAAACUUAAAGCGUGUAGGUUCAAUGAUCAUUGAAACUCCUGAUCAAGAUCACACAGAUUAUGCAAAAGCUUUGUUUCAAUUGGGACAGUAUGCUACAAAAGAAAAUAUAAACUUAAAUGGAAUAUACGUAUUUGUAGACUCUUCAGGAAGAUUUGAUCAUAUCAUGGGAAAUAUUAAUACCCUUUAUAAAAGUGAAAAGCUUAUUGGACACAUACCGGUGAUCCAAAUUGCAAGCAGCUCAUUGACAUGGAUUUUGAGACCAGGUCUUCAUAAUAUAGUCAUUCCUAAAAUUUUGGUACAAAAUAGUAGUUGGUGUGGGCUUUUGCCAAUUGGUGCACCUGUUAAUUCGAUAAGAACAACUGGUUUGAAGUGGAAUUUAAAUAAUGCAACUUUACAAUUUGGGGCUUUGGUGAGUUCUUCAAAUACUUACGACAACUGCUCUGAAGUAACUGUAAAUACAGAUUCAUCAGUAAUAUGGACUAUGGGUAUUGAACCACUACAAAAAAAUAUAAAUAAUUAUGAAAUAUUUACAUCAAAUAAUUGCUGUUGAUGUUUAGUUAAUUGAUCAUCUUCAAUACUUAAAUGUUUUUGUGUAAUAGUGAAGCAGGUAUUUUGUAUAUGCAAUGUAGCAUUGUAUAUGAAAUGCAGAAAUAUCUCGUAGAUCGUUGAAGAUAUGAAAAAAUUGUUAUUACGAGAGUUAUUUGGUAUGGAGGGGGUCAUUGUAUGGUGCAAACAGUUUUUUGUACAUGAAAUUGU